GGGUCUGAGGCAGGCGGUGGAGGGGCCAGGAGGGCAGUGCACGAAGGGACGGGCACUGCGGGCAUUGCGGUGGGUGCGCUAGGUGGUCCUGGUGAGCUCCAUGACCCUAGAGCCCCUGGUGAUGCAGGUGGUCCCCGUGACCCCGGUGACCCCAGCCACCGCGGAAGCCGGAGCAAUCCCAGAAGUCCGGGCAUUGAGGGAGAGGCAGGCGCCGCGUGUGCGGGCGCUCGUCAGAUGGAGAAAGCACCCGGCGCACCAGGGCCUGAUGGAGAUGCAGCACCCGCGGCUGGAGGUCCCGGGAACCAGCCGCUUCAGUUCGUCCUCACUGUGCCUUUCCCAUCACCCAUGGAGGCGGAGAUUGCCUACCGGUUCCUGACUCCAAACGCUGAACUUCAAGGACCAGUUCGGAAGGAGCUCAGCGUAAACGGAAACAUCCUGACUGUCCGACUGACUGCUGAAGACCCUGGCCAACUCCAGAUUUCCAUCACCUCCUGUCUUGACCAGGUUUCCCUGGUGAUUCGGACCGUGCAGCGCAUUGUGCCUCCCUUUUUCUCUAAGCCGCAGCAGGAUAAAGGGGGCUGAACUGAACUGCGUGUCCCAUCCUCGGGCAGCCCUGACUGGGCCACUUAUUUCUGCAGUAGUUGCUCCUUUAUUAUUGGGGCCUAAUCUUUUGCCUAUUUUGGUACUUCGGUGCUUGGGAUCCAGGUGUU